AUGCAUGCGUAUAGCAAUUUUGCAAAGGUGCCUGCAGUGGUAUCACUUGUUAGUUAUAUUCUGGCCAAGGGUAUAAAGAUAAAAGAUGACUCUGUGAUACUUAUGAUUCUUUCCGAUUUUCUGGAUAUCCCCACUAUACUCGGAGUGUCCGCCACUUACAAGAAAAUAUACUAUAAUACUCUUUCGCCAACAAUUUUACUACUGCGGUUUCCAAAUAACCAGGAAACUAUGCAAUGUGUAUUAGAGGUGUAUAAAGAGAUGCAAGAAAGCUUAGAUAUAGAAUAUAAUCUAAAAAUAGAAUAUGUAUCUACUCUUCUGAUAGACCAUACGGUUCAAAAUGAUGUUCUAACUGAUCGAGAGUAUUCGUUAUCUAGUGCAGUCUCUGCAGUUUACCCAGAAAUUAAAAUGGCAAUAUCCUGCGCAACUAAUAUUCUAAUUCUGUUAGGCAGUGCUCUUGAAGCAAUGAAUGUAACAGUUAUAAAUGAAGUCCUGCAGAAUAGUUCCUCUAAUUUACCAGUGGAUAGUAUUUUGGAGGCCUUUUUGAAGAUAGAAAAAAUAUCACCAAGCAUUACUGGUGCUCUUAAUAAAGAGACCAAGCAGAAUCCAGAGAGCAUUGCAGAUAAAAUAUCCCAACUAUCUUUGACUGGAAUGUCUAUUGAUUGUGAGGGAAUUAAAGAAAACCUGCUUUUAAUAGGAGUAAUGGCAUAUAAAAUACUGUUUUACAGAGAAUUCUUGUUUGAAUACGUUAUUGAAAGAAUUAAUGCGAACUAUCAUGUGAAUAUAGUAAAAAAACACAUGAAAUUGCUUUCUGGUAACAUAGAAGAGGUUUAUGAGUAUCUUGUGCAGCAUGAAGACCAAUUGCACGAGUAUAGAGCAUACCUUGGACAAACAGGCACAAACAUAGGUAAGUUUGAAAUGAUAUACAGCUAUCACAAGUUUGCAUGUGAAUAUAUCAACAAAGCACUUUCUGGCAGCACGGGAAUUGAAGUGCCUGGUGACUAUAUAAGUAUCUAUAGCAAACAGCAUAUGGGGCAGGCAGCUAUACCAAAUGGUUCUUCUGUGUGCCUAUAUAAAUAUCCAGUCGAUGAGAACAUAUCGCACUUUAAGCACCUUAUGGCAGUAAAUAACUAUGAAAAGGGAAACAAAACAAUGUCUUUAAUGCUCUUGAAGGAACUGCACACUGCUCGACCGCAUGACUAUUAUAUACUUUGUGAUUUAGGAGCUAUACUAGCAGAGUCUAAUGAGACUCUGCAUCUAGUGGACACCUAUUUAAGAAUAGCACAAAAUAUCAGCAGUCCACAUUUAUUUCUACUUAGCAUGCAGUACCAUAAGAAACAAAAAAUAUGGGAAAUGGUAGAAAGAAGAGCGAAGGAAGUUCUUAUGUUUGGAUAUGACUAUAUAAUAAAAAUGACUCUGGUAGAAGCACUCUCUGAGGAGAAAAAGUAUAAGUAUGCAAUAAAAACAGCAAGUGAAAUAGAAGAAGUAGAGAAGAAGAGCCCAUCCAGCAGUGUACUGGUCAGUGUACAGAUAUUUAUGGUAUAUUUAUAUAUAAAAAUAGAUGAGUUAGUAAGGGCUGAGGAGAUAAUUGAUAUGCUAUUAGAGAAGGAACUAAAAGAAGCAGAAAAAACAAAAGUGCUCCAGUAUAAAAAGCAUUUAUAUGCAUUGCGAAUACAGACGGCUAUAAAAAAAGAAGAACCAGAAGAUGUGCUCGGGCUUACAAAGGCGUAUCAACUACUCUCCUCUACAGAGCAAUGUUCAGAUGAACCUACUGAAAUAGACAGAACAACUGCAAUAUCAGACGCCUAUGCAACUUUAUUGGAAAAAGUUCUUACAAAGGAUCCAUCUCCCUGUGCAGAACCUAAAUUAUACUUGGAUACGGAUGAUCAGCAGGAGCUAAUAACGGUAAGCAAGUUAUUACUUACAUAUGCAAGUGUAAGCAACCAGUUGGAAAACCCAGCAAUACACAGUGUAAUUCUAAACUGUAUAAAAAAGGCCAACUUGCAGGGUGAGACAAGAGAUGCACUGGAAGUAGAACUUUUGUUGCGCAUAGUCCGCGAUGAAGAUGUGCAGCACUAUUACGAAGAAGAUAAAAAGUCUGAAGAGACUCCAUUUGCACGAGUUAUUCUGUCACUGCUGUACUAUCCGGCAGACCUGGCGGCCACCACAAGAGAGUACUUAAAAAAUACAACACUUGCAGACAUGGAUGUUAUACUAAUGCUUGCGCAUAUAGUUGCUGAGCAGAAGAAUCCUAGAAAUACCGCAGACUUAGAGGCAAUGUUCCUACACCUGUGCCGGAAGUAUACGCCGGACAGCAGUGAAGUACGUUGGCUUUAUGAAUUAUUAAAAAACUAAUAAAAAAUGCUCCCGAUGGGGAUCGAACCCACGACCCCGGCAUAACUCAGCUUAUUACAGCCUUCAGACACAGGAGGCUCACACCCAUAAGUGCCGUGCUCUACCACUGAGCUACGGGAGCUCUACAAUAAACAUAAUUUAUCCUUCCUCGUCUGCACAAUAAAC